UUUAAAGAUUUUAUUUAUUCAUUCGAGAGAGAGAGAGAGAGAGGCAGAGACACAGGCUCACAGUGAAGCAGGCUCCACGCAGGGAGCCCGACGUGGGACUCGAUCCCGGGUCUCCAGGACCACGCCCUGGGCCGAAGGCAAGCGCUGAACCGCUGAGCCACCCAGGGAUCCCCUGGAAUCUAGAUUUCUAUUAGGCGUUGCGGAUGCGCAGAUGACCAUACUGAGGCCCUGAACCCACCUGCCGGUGUCGGCUGGUUUUAUAACCCGAUCCCUAGCUCGAGUUCUGCUCCGGGAGGACAAACCUCCCAACGUCCGUUUUGGAAACUGAGCUCAGCCAGAGUGGAUGCUGCAGGGGCGAGCCCCAAACCACAGCUGGCUUCACGCUGCCUGCUCCAGCCUCAGUGUCCAAAGUUGGCAGGCGCCUUUUCUCAAUGACCUCUCGCUGCACGGGACCAAGUCUCAACUUUUACACCAGUACGUUUAGUCUUCUGAGGCCAAACAUUGGAAGUUUCUUGCCGCAGGCAAACUGCUUAGACCUGAACCCCAACCUCAGGCCCACGACACCCGAAUUUUCUUUCUCGCGAGAAAUCGCUCGAGGAGGCUGUCAGCCAUCUUUUGUGUGGCUUCGUUUCUAGGGUCUCUUAACUUUGCCCCGUCUUUGUUAUGCCGAAGCGGUUCAGCCUUAUUUCUGAGUUGGCGCAAGCACUAUAGAGUCGCCCUUCCUCGUAAAGCUUCUAAUUGAAGAAGGAAGGAGAAGUCAGGUAUUCGUCGUCUCCGCCCUUCUCGACGUGGCGGUCUCCUAUGGCCGGCGGCUUCCUGUAGACUUCCGGCUUCCCGGCAGACCCUAGCGGGGCUGGACUUCCGGCCUCACGACGCAGGCGCGGGUCGCCCUUCUCGCUCUCUCCGGAGGUGCUCGUGAGCCCAGAAGCCAUGUCUUACCCCGCUGAUGAUUACGAGUCCGAGGCUGCUUAUGAUCCCUAUGCUUACCCAGGCGACUAUGAUAUGCACACAGGAGACCCAAAGCAGGAUCUGGCUUAUGAACGUCAGUAUGAACAGCAGACCUAUCAGGUGAUCCCCGAAGUGAUCAAAAACUUCAUCCAGUAUUUUCACAAAACCGUCUCGGAUUUGAUUGACCAGAAGGUGUAUGAGCUGCAGGCUAGUCGUGUGUCCAGCGAUGUCAUUGAUCAGAAAGUAUAUGAGAUCCAGGACAUCUAUGAGAACAGCUGGACCAAGUUGACUGAAAGGUUCUUCAAGAAUACACCUUGGCCUGAGGCUGAAGCCAUAGCUCCACAGGUUGGCAACGAUGCCGUCUUCCUGAUUUUGUACAAAGAAUUAUAUUACAGGCACAUAUAUGCCAAAGUCAGUGGGGGCCCCUCCUUGGAGCAGAGGUUUGAAUCCUACUACAACUACUGCAAUCUCUUCAACUACAUUCUUAAUGCUGAUGGUCCUGCUCCCCUUGAACUACCUAACCAGUGGCUUUGGGAUAUCAUUGAUGAGUUCAUCUAUCAGUUUCAGUCAUUCAGCCAGUACCGCUGUAAGACUGCCAAGAAGUCAGAGGAAGAGAUUGACUUCCUUCGCUCCAAUCCCAAAAUCUGGAAUGUUCACAGUGUCCUCAAUGUCCUCCACUCCCUGGUCGACAAAUCCAACAUUAACCGGCAAUUGGAGGUGUACACAAGUGGUGGUGACCCCGAGAGUGUGGCUGGCGAGUAUGGACGGCACUCCCUUUACAAGAUGCUUGGGUAUUUCAGCCUGGUGGGGCUUCUGCGUCUGCACUCCCUUUUAGGGGAUUACUACCAGGCCAUCAAGGUGCUGGAGAAUAUUGAACUAAAUAAGAAGAGUAUGUAUUCUCGUGUGCCUGAGUGCCAGGUCACCACAUACUACUAUGUCGGUUUUGCAUAUUUGAUGAUGCGUCGCUACCAGGAUGCCAUCCGGGUAUUUGCCAAUAUCCUCCUCUACAUCCAAAGGACCAAGAGCAUGUUUCAAAGGACUACAUACAAGUAUGAGAUGAUUAACAAGCAAAAUGAGCAGAUGCACGCGCUGCUGGCCAUCGCCCUCACCAUGUACCCCAUGCGAAUCGAUGAGAGCAUUCACCUGCAGCUGCGGGAGAAAUAUGGGGAUAAGAUGCUACGCAUGCAGAAGGGUGACCCACAGGUCUAUGAGGAACUUUUCAGCUACUCGUGCCCUAAAUUCCUGUCACCUGUGGUGCCCAACUAUGAUAAUGUGCACCCCAACUACCACAAGGAGCCCUUCCUGCAGCAGCUGAAGGUGUUUUCUGAUGAAGUGCAGCAGCAGGCCCAGCUCUCCACCAUCCGUAGCUUCCUCAAGCUGUACACUACCAUGCCUGUGGCCAAGCUGGCCGGCUUCCUGGACCUCACAGAGCAGGAGUUCAGGAUCCAGCUCCUUGUCUUCAAGCAUAAGAUGAAGAACCUGGUGUGGACCAGUGGCAUCUCUGCCCUUGAUGGUGAAUUUCAGUCGGCAUCCGAAGUUGACUUCUACAUUGAUAAGGACAUGAUCCACAUUGCAGACACCAAGGUCGCCAGGCGCUAUGGGGAUUUCUUCAUCCGGCAGAUUCACAAAUUUGAGGAGCUCAAUCGAACUCUGAAGAAGAUGGGACAGAGACCCUGAGGACAUUCACACUCUUUGUUAGGAACUCAUUUUAAGGUCUUUGUAGGUGGGGCCUCUUUUUGUCUCCAUGAAGCCUUUGCCUAGAUCAGCCAUCAGCAAUUCAGCUGAGUUGAAGUUUAUUUGGAUUAAGGACUGAAGUAUUUUAAAUAAGUCUCAGUAAAAGAUCUUCUUUGGA